UUUGUUACACGUUUAAAUAUUGAGUAGAUCUAAGAUCUGUAUAAUUUAAAUUUGUUAAGUUAAAUAUUUGUCAAAGCAAAUUUUAUUUUAUUCUGUGAUUAAAUAAUUAAGUAUUUUAAAGAAAAAAUAAAAUUUAUUAACUAUAUAUAUAAAUAUGUAUAAUAUAUGUGUCAUAAACUGAUGAUUAGAUCGCGUAUCGCGUAAAUAAUUUAUUGUGCAUGGUUAGAAAUAUGUUAUGACGUCAAUAGUUAGUAAUUUUAAUUGUGUUUAUUAAAAGAAAAAAUAGUAAAAUAUAUUUAAUAAACUUGAAAAAAUGGCUUCUAUUGAUAAUGAAAUUUUACAAGACUCAAUGUCUGAUUUACAAAAUUUAUCUGGGUCAGAGUGUGGUACAGCAAAUACUCCAGCAAUCAAUGAUGAUAAUAUUAAAAAACGAUUUGAAAAUAUUAAAAAGUCACCUAAUGAUUCACAAUUUUAUAGAGGAUUAAUAUUAAAUAAUGACAUGAAGGUAUUGUUAAUAAGUGAUCCUACAACAGAUAAAAGUGCUGUUUCAUUGGAUGUAAACGUUGGUUACUUGAGUGAUCCAGCAGAAUUGCCAGGUCUCGCACACUUUUGCGAGCACAUGCUAUUUCUUGGAACAGAAAAAUAUCCUGAUAAAAAUUCAUACAACUCGUAUUUGUCUCAACAUGGAGGCUGUUCAAAUGCAAUGACUCUGCCAGAUUAUACUCAAUAUCAUUUUGAUGUUAGUCCUGAAUAUUUAGAAGGUGCUGUAGAUCGUUUUGCCCAAUUUUUUAUAGCUCCAUUGUUUACCGAAUCAGCAACUGAACUUGAGGUCCAGGCAGUUCACUCGGAGCAUGAAAAAAAUAUUGCAAAUGAUACAUGGCGACAGGAUCAGCUGGAAAAAUCUUCUGCGAAUCCUGAUCAUCCAUAUUCAAAGUUUGGUACGGGAAAUCGAGAGACUCUAGACUUGGGGCCUAAACAAAAAGGAGUAAAUGUACGAAAAGCUUUGCUUGAUUUUCACAAUAAUUGGUACUCUGCAAAUAUAAUGGCUCUGAGUAUCCUUGGUAAAGAGAGUCUUGAUGAAUUAGAAAAAAUGGUAAUUGAAAAAUUUGCACAAGUAAAAAACAAGCAAGUCGAAGUACCCGAGUGGCCAGAUCAUCCAUUUAAUGAAGAUCAUUUUGGUAAAAAAUGGCUGAUUGUGCCAAUUAAAGAUGUUCGUGGUCUUAAAAUGACUUUUCCACUACCAGAUCUUAGCCAACACUUUCGUUCUUGUCCGGCGCACUAUGUCUCACAUUUGCUGGGUCAUGAAGCUGAUGGAUCACUUUUGUCGGCAUUAAAAAAAGCUGGAUGGUGCAACGCAUUAGUUGCUGGUGAAAAAAAAGCUGCAAGAGGUGGUUGUAAUUUCUUUUCUAUUUAUGUAGAUUUGACUGAAGAAGGAAUGAAUCAUGUUGAUGAUAUUGUUACGCUUACUUUUCAAUAUAUAAAUAUGCUGAGAGUUAACGGUCCACUUGAGUGGAUUUUUGAUGAAUGUAAACAAAUAGCAAUUGUUGACUUUAAUUUUAAAGAUAAAUUAUUACCAAAAACAACAGUUAACGUUACUGUACGGUCUUUACAAAAAUAUCCAAUGGAAGAAGUACUUACUGGACCUUAUUUACCUACUGAAUGGCGUCCAGAUCUUAUUAAUACUGUAAUGGAUUGUUUGAUACCUCAAAAAAUUCGUAUUCACGUUGUUGGUAAAAUAUUUAAAGAUAUUGCAGAUCAAUCUGAAUUUUGGUAUGGUACCGAGUAUGCAAUUGAAAAAAUACCAUAUGAUAUUUUAGAAAAUUGGACAAACCCUGGACUCAGUGAUGAAUUAAAAAUUCCAAGUGUUAAUGAAUUUAUACCUCAGUCAUUUGAUAUUAAAUGUCUUAGUGAGGAACGUAAAACUGAAAUAACUAAAUUUCCAACUAUUAUUUUAGAUAAUCCGUUAAUGCGAGUAUGGUUUAAACAAGAUGAUGAAUUUAAAGUACCUAAAGUUAAUUUAAGUUUUGAUUUUAUUAGUCCUUAUGCAUAUUUAGAUCCCUGUAAUUUUAAUCUUACAAAUUUAUAUAUACAAUUAUUUAAAGAUUCAUUAAAUGAAUACGCAUAUAAUGCAAGUCUUGCAAGAUUGAGCUGGGAAUUUAGCGCAAGUAAAAAUGGUAUGACUUUAUUAGUUGGUGGUUAUCAUGACAAACAUCGUGUUCUUUUGAAAAAAAUAUUGGACAGAAUGGUUAAUUUUACUGCUGACAAACAGAGAUUUGAAAUAAUAAAAGAAUUAUAUAUUAGAAAUUUAAAAAAUUUUGAAGCUGAUCAACCGUAUCAGCAUGCUGUUUAUUAUCUGGCUGUGCUAUUGACAGAGCAAGGAUGGUCAAAAGAUGAACUACUUGAGGCGAUUGAAUAUUUAACUUUUGAUAGGCUUGAGCAGUUUAUACCUCAGCUGUUGUCUAAAACUCACAUUGAAUGUUUAAUUCAUGGUAAUUUGACUGAGGCAGAGGCAUUAGAAACAAUAAAAAUGGUUGAAAAUCAGCUGACCAAGGAUCCACUUGACGAUAAUAAAAGUAAAAUAAUAGUACCGUUAUUACCUAAACAAUAUUUACUUCAUCGUGAAAUAAGUUUAGACAAUGGUAGUCACUUUUUGUAUGAAAUUGAAAAUAAAUUACAUAAAUCAUCGUGUACAGAAAUUUAUUAUCAAGUGGGAUUACAAUCAACAGAAUCAAACAUGCAUCUAGAACUAUUGGGGCAAAUAAUAUCUGAGCCGUUUUUCGAUGUUCUGCGUACGCAAGAACAACUGGGUUACAUUGUAUUCAGUGGAAUUCGUCGAGGGAAUGGAGUUCAAGGCCUCAGAAUAAUAAUACAAGGCGAUAGACACCCCCAGUAUCUAGAAGAACGUAUCGAGGCCUUUAUCGAGUCAGUUCAAAAUCGAAUUGUUAAUAUGUCUGAAGAAGAAUUCAAUCGUCAUAAAACUUCAUUGGCCAAUCAACGUCUCGAGAAACCUAAAAAAAUGACAACACUGUCGGCAAUAUUUUGGAGUGAAAUAACAAAUCGUCAGUACAAUUUUGAUCGUGCUAAUAUUGAAGUUGCUUAUUUACGUACUAUUACAAAAUCUCAAAUACUUGAUUUUUAUAACGAAAAAAUAAAACAACAGUCACCGUUUAGACGUAAACUAUCACUUCAUGUGGUAUCGACAGCUCCAGGUGGUGCAGGACACACUGAAAAAUCAUCACAAGAUUCAGUAACAACAACAACUGAAGAUGAUAAUACAUCAUCGCCAAUAAAGAUAACGGACAUUUUGUCAUUUAAAACAAGUCAGUCGCUUUAUCCGAUCGUAAAGCCUUUUAUUAAUAUUUCACGUAAAGAUCAACGAUCUAAACUCUAAGCUAUAGGCUAUAAAUUUAUAAAUUUUUUUAAAUAGAUGUUUGAUUAUUUUAAAUAAUUUUAAUUAUAAAUUAAACAAUUAAUCAUUGUCAAUUAUUUUUUAAGCAAUAAAUAAUUAAAUUAUCGUAUAAUCAUGAUACGUCAUAAUAAAUAAAUAAUAAUAAUAUUGUUAUUAAUAGCACGGUAUUGCUUUGUAGCACAUAUAAUU